AUGGAGAUACUACCUAAGGAACCCGUCUAUGUGACGUUUCCAACCACUCUUUCGUCGAUGGAGAGCAGUCGGCUGCUUAUUCGCCCUAUCGUCGACACUGACGCGCCGGCGCUAUUCGCGAUCCGUUCGCGGCCAGAAGUGGCAGCGUACAACCACCCGAAAGAACCACUCAAGUCACUUGAGCAAACGCGUGAAUGGAUGACGUUCAAGAUUUACAAAGACGGCCCUCCAGAUAUCGUGGGCCGUUCUUUCAAUUUUGCUAUCCUGGACAAGUCAAUUCCUGAUACCCAGGAGCAACUGAUUGGCUACGUCAGUGUCAACAUGGUCGUCCCAUGUCCGGAAAUUGGGUACUCGCUUCUUCCCGAAUCGUGGGGGAAAGGUUACGCGACCGAGGCAUUGCAGAUGAUGCUGAAAAUUUGGUGGGAUCUGCCGAGGCGGAAUGAUACUGAGAGUCGUGGUGGUGACGGUGGUGAUGGCAAGCGUGCGGAUAAAGCAUAUGCCAUUUGCCAGGCAAGGAAUCAUGCGAGCAGAAAAGUGCUAACAAAGGCUGGGUUCGAGAUCGCGGAGGAAAUCACCUAUGAAGGUGUUGAUCUUCUUCUAUUCGCUACGGAAAGGCCCAAAGCAUAG